UUGUUUGAAGUUCGAAUAUUCAAGUCUCCCGCUCCAAUAACUCAUGACCGUUGGCAGGCACAGCACUGUCCUUCCCUUUUUUUUUUCUGCUUAUUGGUCAGUCAUUUUGACAAACAGACAGAGUCACUGCUUUGUUUCCCAUUUCCAUCAUUUGCAGCCACAGUUAUGUUGAUCAGACUCAGAGUAGUGUAGUUAUCUGAGAAAUCAAAUGGGAAGGCUUAGAGUCAAAUCCGACUACGAAACUCUUAGGAACGCUCGCAUCGUUGAGAACCAGGCUCGACUAGCUUCUCUGGGACUGCACAAAACCAUCUCCGAGCUCCGGUCGAUAGUUUCGUCUGCAAAAUCAGAGAAAACCCAGCUCAGAAAAUGGCAAAAGAAAGACUACGAAAUCACGCCUUUGCGCCGCUCCAAUCGUUUGAAACGAAUUCCCGCUUCCUCAACUCGUGCAAGCAAUUUUUUGCGGCGCUCUAGCCGGCUCAGAGGUAGGGACAUUGGCGAAGAAAAUGGGAGUAAUUCAUCUUUGGGCGAAGGUGAAGAAAAAAGGCCUGCAAAUGCGCCAUUGGUGAAGAUAUAUGGUGCCAGGCAUCAAUUAUCGCCCGAGGAUUCUGCUCGGCGCUGCCGUCGCAAGGAGGGGAGAGGCAGCGUUUACAACUCUGUUUUCGGAAUUUGCUGCCAUUUCUGCAGGCAAAAGACAUUGUGUGCUGAGGAAGACUGCAAGCGAUGUGGUAAUCUUGACGUAAAUCAGCCGUGCAUAGGAAAGACAGAUUGUUCAGUUUGUCACUCUAGCAAUGGUGUUCUCUGCCGGGCUUGUCUCAAGCUCAGGUACGGUGAAGAACUGGAGGAGGUAAGAGAAAAUAAGGAAUGGAUGUGCCCUCACUGCAUAGAAGAAAAAGGAAUUAACCCUUAUUGGAUAUGUAACAGUUCAAUAUGCUUGAAGAAUCGAAAGAUAGCUCCAACUGGCAUAGCAAUUUACAGAGCUCUGGAGCUGGGGUACAAAUCAGUUGCACAUCUGCUGAUGGAUGAGCUUCUGCGUAAAGAUCCUUCUCGAUUGAGAUGCAGCCAGUCACUAACAGCCUAACAGGUCCUAUCAGAUAUUGGGAAACAAACUAUAUAAGAUCACCUUGGUGAGGCA